AUGGCAUCCAGUUCAAACCCACGAUCUCUUUUCAGGCACAUCAUGGCAAAGUCUAAUGGAACCCCGGAACCCCAGGGACCGCCGCAGACAGCACAGCCCAGCCCAAGCAAAGAGCAUGCAGAGGAUCUAACGCCGGCUGCCUCCCAGACACCACCGCCUUGGGAAAAGAGCCGAAACAAAAGCAAGAAGAAAAGGAGAGACAGCGGCAGGCCAAAGAACAGAAAGACGGCCAGAGCUGGAAGCAGAGAUGGAUGGGUAGAUGAGGUUGCGAGGGAGGAUAAUGAACAAAGCCCCCUGCCUCCUCUGUCAUGCAUCUCUUUAAAAAGCCUGGUGGAGGUUGAGACGAAGCUAGUGUACGGUGACGAACAGAACAUUACCCACAAGCCCACUCAGUCCCCAGCCUCCACCUCCUCACAAUUAAUGUGUCAAAGCAGUGAAACAGUGGGGCCUCCAAGUGGACCUAAUCUCGGCUUUCUGCCUCAAAUUGACAAAUGGCUCGAUGUUGCUUUACAAGAUGCCAACGCACACUACAGGCUGGAGAAAUAUGCCAUCGCAGCCAGUUGCUUCAAUGCAGCUCUGAGGCUCUGCUCCAAAGAUGCUGUGCUUGAGAAAACGUUCAGUGCUAAUUAUGAAGAAAUUUCCAAGGUUGUCAGCUUCAUCGAGUCCAAGCUUGUUGCCUGCUACCUCAGAAUGAAGAGGCCUGACUUGGCCCUGAAAUAUUCUCACAGGAGCAUCUUCAAUAACCCAACUCAUUUCCGGAGCCAUCUUCAGCAGGCUAUGGCAUAUCGAUUGCUCAGCAACCCCUGUAGGGCAGCAAGGAGUGCCAUGAUUGCUGACUAUGUGUACUGGCUGUCCGGAGAUGCCAAGCCGCAUAUAAGCAAGCUCAUCAAACUGUAUUGGCAGGGGUUGUUGGAAGAGGCUAUCACCAAGGAGGAGAAUUUCUCUGUCUUGUACACACCUUGCUGUGGGAAUCCCACUAGGAACACAACCCUGCAGACGGAAGAGACCUUUCGAAAACUGCACCCUGCCUUCACUGCAUACAUCUUUACUGACCCAUAUGCUGUGCAUGUGAUGCCCCAGACAACAGACUGGAGCAAAUCCUCAUCUCAGAGCUACAUCCUGACCUUGGGCUUCAGGAGAAGGCAGGAUGGAGACUUCCUGGACAAGCUGCUCCAAAGGAAGUGUCCUAAUUUCACAGGGCCUCGGGCUCCAUUCAUGCUGCCAACCCGUGAGCAACUUCAUCAGAUGUGUGAAACUUUAGGAAGGAGGAUUCUGCCCAUUCUGGAUUUUAUCAAAUGCACCAAGUUAGCUGCUGGGUUCCCUGCAGACUCAGGAUUGAUAGAGAGGCUUCAGUAUGCGGACUGCUUACAUGGGCUGAGGAGAGUCAAGGAGCACACAGAGGUCCUGCAGCACACAUUCACAGAGUUAGUAGUGGCGCCCUACCUACAGGAGAUCAGACCUGCUGACGCUUCCCUGCUGCAGGCUCUAAUGGCAGACACCAUGGACACCCUUGGAGGCAAGCGGCCUGAUCAGGAACGUGUGUGGAAUGCAAUGCAAAAGGUGGGACUGAUUGAGGACAUGCUGUAUCAGUGGGAGAAGACCUACAUGAAGAAUAAGGCUCUCAGGGCAGCCAGGAAACAAGGGAGAGAAGGAAAGAAAAGCAAGGAGAGAAUAGCAUUGAGAGUGCCAAGAAAGGGGCUUUCUGUGAAACCAGUCCUACAGGGGGUUCCCCAAGCCCAGCCUGAAACAGACCCCAGCUCCAGCGAGCUCCAUUCAGUUUCAUCUCCUUACACAACACCCAACCCACCUUCUGCACUCUGUUCUCCAGACACAGCCACUCAUCUUCAGAGGGAGCCUCCAGCAGCCCCAAUUACUCCACACUGA